AUGCAGCUCACAAAUUUGGCUCUCACCCUCGCUGCGGUUUUCUCCGUGGCCAAUGCGUACACCAUCUCCGGAGAUGGAGUACACUGUCGCACAGGUCCCUCCACGAAUGAUGCGGUUGUCACAAGCUACCAAAAGGGUGUCGAUGUCAAGAUCACUUGCCAAACCCAUGGUGAAAACAUUCAGGGUACCACUAUCUGGGACAAGACCUCUGACGGCUGCUAUGUCACCGACUACUACGUGAAGACGGGUUCAAGCAGCAUGGUCACCAAGGACUGCGGUGGUGGGAGCUCUGGUAGCGGUACCUCGUCCUACAACGGCGAGAUCAGCCGCAAGGAGAUCAUCUCACGCGCAGAGUUUUGGGUCUCCCGCCACAUUCCAUACUCCAUGAACGCCGAAUACCCGGAUCCUCAGGGCCGCGAAUACCGGACCGACUGCUCGGGCUUCGUUAGCAUGGCUCUUCACGCGACUUCGCCAGGCUUCAACACUGUCAGUCUUCCGGAAAUCGCGAAAGCCAUCUCUUGGGACGAUCUCCAGCCCGGUGACCUUGUUGGAACUCUUGGACCUGGAACUGGCGGUGCUGCUGGUCAUGUCACUCUCUUCCAUUCGUGGGCUGAUAACUCCAAGAAGGAGUACAAUACGCUUGAGUGCCGCGGCACCUAUGGCUGUGUCGCAUACAAGCGCGCUGUUAGUUGGAAGGAUGGCAGUUUCACCUCCAAGCCCUACAGAUACAUCCGUGUUAAGGAUUAA